UUCCAUAAAUAUUGGUAUGGUCCCAACUAUAAAAGUCCAACCGGAUUCAAAGCUCUUGGAUCCGGUUUAGGGGUAGGAAGCAUUUGUGACUCGCUCACCGGAAACCGUGCCAUUCCGACACCUGUUUUGAAAAAAAAAAAUCGAAUGAAAUCCAAGAAUGAAACCAAUCCGCGGAGCACCGGACACGGAGCCGCGCGCUUUAUGUAUCGCAGGUCUGCCGACCAAACCGACCGCAGACCCACCUCGAUCCGACUCCAACAACUCCAGGCCAUGAUCGACCACACCCGAAACCCCGACUCCACGUGCGGCGACCCCAGCUGCAGCACAGCCGCCGGUGCCGGCGGCAGCGGCGGCGGCAAUGCGGUGGGGGCGGUGAUCCCCCGAGGCGGCUCCCGAGGCGGCGGAGGAGACGAGAACACCGGCCUCCAGGACGAGCGGGUGCUAAUGCUGGUGUUCCGGUCCCUGAACUGGGACCCCCACCUGUUGUGCAUCGCCGCCUGCGUCUCCCGCCGCCUCCGCGCUGUCGCCAACCGCGUCCUCUGGCGAGAGCUCUGCAUCUCCCGCGCCCCACGCAUGGUCUCCGCCCUCACUGCCGGCGGAGGCGGAGGCGCCGCCACCCGGAUCGGCGGCGGAUGGCACACCCUCGCGAAGCUCCUCUUCUUCUGCUGUGGCUGCGCGGCCCCCACCCGCUUCUUCCCCCUCCCGGAGCGCCGCCCCCCGAUCCCCGGUCACUUCGCCCCCGUCUCCCGCUUCUCCAAGACCUCUGGCCGCUCCUUCCUCCCCCGCCGCUGCUGGGGCGAUCUCCUCUACGUCUCCGACCCCUGCGAGCACCCCGCCGCUUCCCCGUCCGACGCGGUCGACCUCGGCGCAUACCGCGGGGUCUUUCGUGGGUUCAUGCGCUCGAGGACCCGGGCCUGUCUCAUCGGCCGGCAGGUGGAGCUGGAGUCCCGUGUGCGCUGCCCCUACUGCGGCGCCCGGGUCUGGAGCAUGACCACCGCCGGGCUCGUCCCCCGCAGCGCCUCCCGCCGAGUCGGCUCCCACGAGGGCGACCUCGAGUACUUCGUCUGCGUCAACGGCCACCUCCACGGCUUCUGCUGGCUCGCCCAUUUAUCCUCCACUGACGACGACGACGACGACGAUCAUGACGACCGCGACGACGACGACGACGGUCAUGUUGCGUGUUGAGACAGGAACAGGGAUUAGAGAGAUAGAUAGAGGUAGGUUUAGGUGUUGAUGCCUCUGGUUGUUUGUUUGCUAGGAGGAAUAGUAGGUAGCUUGGCGAUGUGGGACUAUUUUUCUUUUUCCUAUUGUUCUUUUCCUUCUUCUUUGCCUGCUCUGCCUUCUCUUUCCCUUUUUUUGUUGGUCCUAUGCUUCACUUCAUCCAUCCCCUGCUUCUCUUCUUCUGAUUUCAAGAUAAAAGGAGCGUCCUGUAGGCUCUGUGACAUCGCUUAAUGUACUAUUUUGUACUGUAUUUUAGUUUUGAGUUUGUCUAGUAUGUUGACACCGUGA